GUGCAGGCCACGUAAGUCGAGUAGGACAACAGUGAAAAGCUGCGUGUGCUAGUCGCGACUCGCUACUGAUUUUCUCUUCCAUCUCUGGAGUUUAGAGCCCUCUGCUUUCCGUUUUGCAUUUAACUUUUUAAAUUGAUUACUUGGAUCUGUGCAGUGUCUGUUGUGCAUAAAUUAGUGAUUUACCUUGCACGGUUUUCAAGUGGUGAUUUAUUGCCCCCUUCCGUUGUGCAAUUUGUGCCCCCUGGCGACAAGGAAACGAUGCCGUCGGACAUCAAGGAGCUCUUCGAAGGUUUGUACACCGACCAUCCUGAGUUGCAGGGCAAUGCUCAGUUGCUGAAGAUCUGGGAGAAUUGCUCCAUCCUGGUAGAAACGAGCGAAAAGCAGUCCGAUGUCAUCCGGACACUGAAAGAAGAGAACAGUCAGCUGAAAGUGGGUGAGGGUCCUGCAAAGAUCGAAGUUCGAAUCGGCGAUAAGGAAGUUGUGGUAGUUAAUAAAGAUACUCUAGUCGAGAAGUCGGGAUUCUUCGCCGAACGUCUAACUUCUCCAGAUGGCGGCCCUGCGAGCGUUGAUCUUCUCGUUGGUUUGCCCGAGAAUGUCCACCGUGACAUGCUGGCUUCACUGGUUAAAAGUCUGGGUAAUUCAGAUUUAAAACUGUCUUUCAAACGCGAUGACGCCAUCAGAAUGUGGAUCGCCGCCAAAUAUCUGCAAAUGGAAGAAGCCUUGAUUACAGCAGAGAAAAUUUUGCGGAAAAUUAUGAUACGGCAGGAGAACGUGUGGCGUCUGUGGCGUCUGGCUCGUCGCGAUAGACUCGUGGAUUUGGAAAGACUGGCAUUCCAAGGGAUUCUUCAAAAACUUCCGCGUCGCUCCGCGUUCGCCGAUUCUGAGACUUUUCUGAAGUGCAGUGCAGAGGAGGUUAUUGACCUGCUAACCGACAAUGGCUACUUUCCUCAAUCCGAAACAUCAGUUUAUCAGGCUGUUGUGCGCUGGUGCAUGGCUGCUCCCUUACGCAUGCCACACUUGGAUCAGCUGUUGAAAUCGUGCAUUGUGUGGGAUUCGGUAGACAUCGAUGCUCUGAGAGCGUGUACGACGGGAGAUUUACACGAAUUGUUAUCCCAAAUUUUGGCAGAUCGAAACUGCGGCCAGCUGCGCGGUGGAGUGUUGCCCAAGCGUGCCAUUCCGAAAGAAGCUAUCUUCUACCACAUGCGCGAAGGCUAUUCCCAUCAGUUGCUCAGAUACGAUUUCUACCGCAACGAACUGACCAAGAUGGACACCCUAGUGCAAAAUACACUGACGGAGCUGUCGCCCAAGAUCAGACCCGAUGGUUUCGCAGUGGCCGUUGGCCGGGAGCUUAUUGUCGGCACUAAAGGAAGUCUGCGAGAAGGGGAAAUAAUCGCGAUUGACUGUUUAACUGGCAGUUGGCGUACGUUGAUGAAAGAACCUGCUUUUAAUAACUGCAUCUCGGUGGUGGCGGUGGGCAACGAUGUCUUCGGUGCGACACACGAUCCCUUAACGUGGUACUAUUGUGAUUUUUCUGCCGGACAGUUCGGCCCUAUUACCCAGCUGGCCGAAGAUGUCUCGCAGCCGUUUCUCCGGGGCGGAGAUGCUGUGUACCAUCGCUAUUUUAUCCACUCGAUGGAGACUUGUCCUCUUCCGGAUGGAAAAAUUUGGUGUAUUACAUCUGGUUCCUUCGGUGAACAAAACUCUAAGCGUCAGGAGACUGUGGUGGAAAUGUACGAUGUUCGCAGCAACAAAUGGACGAAGCAUACCGGCUGGACAGAGAAAGUGAAGAACCCGUAUCGCUGUGGAGUUAUUAUCUUUAAAGGACAUUUAUACCUCAUUGGUGGAGCCGUACAAGGAGCAUAUCACGAAGAUGGCAGGAAUGUAGCGGUUAAUUCCUGCUACCGUAUUUCGUUAGCACGCGUCCAUUCUCGACCGGAGUCCAUUGGAAAGCUGAACGAUGCGCGUUAUGACCACUGCGUCUUCAUCAAGGACGGGAAGAUUUGGGUGUAUGGAGGCACGAUCCAAGAUAGUGCGAAUCGGAAAAAACCGGCUUUAUCUUUUGAGAAGUACGAUGAGGGCACGAACGAAUGGACACGGGAGAAAGUGCCGAUGUCAGAGGAACUGCAGGCGGAAUUGGUUGGCGGUGAUUACGCGCAGAAGACAGUCUGUCUGGCGCUGCAGACUCCUACAAUGGGCAGUGGAUUUGCUGAGUUCCACCACGAAUACGCAUGUGUCAUGCAAGAUCACACUUACCGCACAUCUGAAUACGUGAGACAGCGCAGUCUUUGCAAUGAUUAUGAGACCACUUGGCCUGUGAUUUGGGAUGAUUGAUGGCUAGUGAAUUUUCCGUGUGUUCCUUGCGUCAUCGGGUUGGCAGAUUAGUAUGUUAUCGGUUAAUUUUCUCUCUUUAAACAUUUCCACUGGCAUCUACUGUGUAGCCGUGAGUACGACGAUAUAUGGGUACAUUUGGCUGAUCGUAGAAUAUCUUUCGAGCCCACUAUGCGUAAGCGUGUCUUUUUGUGUCGUGUAUUUCCUGUUUAAAUUAUAUUUUCAGCUUAUGCAGUUCUUUACUUGUACCUUUUAUAUGUAUAGUAUUAGUUUGCUUGAAUGUUGGAUGUAGAACUGCGGUUUUAUGGAAUUGGUGUAAGGUUGCUCCUUCUGUACUCUCACCCUUGGGCGCAUAAUCGUACUAGUUAUCUUCAGAAUUUUCUGGAUUCCCAUGUUACCUAGAUAAAUAAAUACUCUUAUGGCGCAGUGUUUAUGCAAUCGCCCUCCGAAGGAAUACUACAUCGCGGUGACAUUCUCUUACGGAUUAACGACUACGACGCAAGCCGGCUGCCGCUGCAGGACGCUGAACAGCUCAUUAACAGUACCGUACUGUCUCUCAUGAUCAGGCUGGAGGUUGAAAGGUCAGCACAAAAUAUGUAUGCAAUUGCAUAACGUUUCGUUACGGCUACGGAGGUUUCGCCGAUGUUUUCAGAAAUUUUUUAUAUUUUGCCAAAUUAGAUUUAAAUAAGAUUCCACGGCUUCUGGUAAGAUGAAAAAUGAAAUUUCCGUCAUGGAGUACAUGAGUGGAUCCAGCUGCACUGUCCUGAGCCAUUCGACCUUUCAAAAAAUGCAUGAGUGGUGGCGAUGGGGAAUGAACUGUACGGUGCUUUACCAGUAAUUUAUUGCUCCAGUGUGCCCACCGGACAAUCCGUCGAGUAUUCCAGUUGCCCUGUUGCACUUGCUAGGGACCGCCAUUGAGAAGUUUGAUCCCGCCCGUGGUUUACCGUGGGACCAGCGACUGCCUGUGGAAGCGAUGCUCGGUAGAAGAGUGGCAGCGCAUGUUCAAUUGUUCGAUACUUCUGUAGUCGUUUUACGAUGCAGACCUAUCCCUUCCUCACGGUAAAAUCUGAUUCCUAUCAGCCAGCUUUUUUUGAAAAGCACGAUCAUCAUCCGGAGUGUUGGGUAGAGCAGUACGAUAUCAUCCGGAGCCUGACAAACCACGACAACCAAUGGACGAAGCAUGCCGGCUGGAAGGGUCAAAGCCAGUUCCAGCAUUGUUGCGGGACUAUAUUCUUCCGAAACUAUAUUCUUCCGACUAUAUUCUUCCUAUAUAUGCGGGACUAUUUUUACUUCACGGGUGGCUGUGUGUGUGCGCUUACCGAAUGUGAGCUGAACGGUUGGAAAGAAAGUGCGAAGGCGGUGACCGCUUGCUACCGUGUCUCGCUAAUUGUGAGCCACGUCCAGUCCCAACCGGAGCCCAUCACGGCCUUCGACGUCGCCCGAUAUAAUCACUGCAUUUUCCUAAAGAAUGACCAGAUCUGGUUGUACGGUGGGACGACCCGAGAUUAAUUACGUAAUUGUAGUCGCACUUAGCACAACAUUUGUCAGAUGCUAAACAGGUGGAAUUUCAAGAAUGGUGAAAUUCCGAGAAGUGCCAUUCCGCUUCGUGUGCGCACAUUAUCAGUUCGCAGAUCUAGCUCGUCCCAUAAUUUCGGUGAUAUAUCAGCGUGGAACCCGCUAAAUCUGCAAAAACAUCAUUAUAUUGGUUCACGCAAUAAGACUGCACCUUGUUCAAGCAAAUUUAUGUUUCCAGGGCGCAUAUGACACAUGGCUACUGACUAACAAGUACCAACUACAUGGCGAAGUCCCGUUAACCGGGUUGUCAGCUCUUGUUGUGAUGAAGAUACUAAACUGCAGUACCACUGUAUUCUGUGUAAUUUCAUUGUUGUCGGUGCUACGUAUACGCAGGUCAUGUGAGAAUUAUGAGAGCAUCAGUUUACUGCCG